GUGGUAGGGACCGCCAGAAUAGGAAGUCACGGUACUGUUGGGGUAUAUAGGGCCAGGAGCUAAACCUUACCGUCACAUCAAGUUGACGCCCAACAGUCACCAUGAAGUCGUCAUCUGCCGCCCUCAUCGCUAUAUGCCUCUGUCUCGGCGUGUCAAGCGUAUGGGGAACCGGAUAUAACAGCUACGAUACUUAUGGAAGCCUAGGAGGCGGAUAUUCCAUGGGUUACGGGAAAGGAUACAAUGGUUAUGGAGGCGGAUACGGAUACGGAAAGGGGUACGGAAAGGGAUACGGAAAGGGAUAUACCUCCACCGAGACUGUUGUUAGACAACCGUACAUGCAGGCCGUAGCCGCCCCACCACCACUGGACGAUCAGAAUGGCGUGUUUGGACUCGGAGUGUUCGAACUUCUCAUACUCGGCCUGCCACUCCUCCUCCUCCUGAGGGAGUCCAACACCGGCUAAACUCCUGACGUUUACACUCAUUGAAGCAACUCUGUGAUACAUCGCGCAAUAUUGGCAGCUAUCAGUUCGUCUGUGUGUAAUUUGUUUGUAUGUUUUUGAUUGUGUUGAUUAAAAACGAGAACAUAAA